AUGGAGGACAACAAAGGUGUCCUGGAUCUCAUGAAGGACAGCAAACAUCACGAGCGGACUAAACACAUUGAUACCAAGUACAUGCGCACCAGAGACCAUGUCAAAGCCGGCGAUACCCGUCUUGAAGCUGUUGCUUCAGCAGAUAAUGUGGCAGACAUUUUUACCAAAGCUCUGGCUAAGCCGCAGUUUUUAUAUUUGAGGAAUCUUCUGGUCUUCUCCGCUAUGUCUAAUCACGGAAACACUACAGGAGUCAAUGAAGGACCCUCAUCCUUUGAGUCAGCCAGCACUGGAAGUUCUGUUGCCCACUCAACAUCUGAGACCCAUUCAAAGAACAACGCCAGCUCUUAUGAGACAUUCGCCGAUCUCCCUGUUCAUCGUCAAAUUGAUCUCGCUGACCGUUCUGGAUUUACCGUUAGACAAUUAACCAUUGCCAACAUACCAGUUUUCCUCCCCCAUCUCAAAAAUCUUGGCUUUCUACCUCGCCAACCUGCAAUGAUCCGUCCACCAUUGGAUGCUCGUACACCCUCAAACGUGGAAAGUCUACAAGUCAAACUGAAAGCUAUUCUGUUACGUACUCAAGAGUACAUGAGUUUCUCACAGUUGAGUCAACAACGACAAGCUGACAAGCAUCGUCGUCCUGUGGAAAUUAUAGUUGGUGAUUCUGUUCUUAUCCACCACACUAGUUUUCAGAGCCCUAGCAAUAGGAUGCUGCCACUUUUCGUCGGUCCAUACACCGCCGUUAAAGCAAUUGGGGGAGGAAAUGCGUUUGAAUUGGACUUACCCACUACUGUGAAGAACAACCGUGUUUUUAAUGUUUCGAAAUUACGAAAAUAUGUCAAAUCUGAUGAAUACCCUGCUGAGAUUAGACCUACUGAGGAUUAUGUUAAGAAGAACUUGAACCGCAUUGCUAGUGUAGCCGCUAUGCAAAAUGGUCUUGUCUAUCUACAGUUCACAGAUAGCCUACCUGGACAUUGCGUCGCCAUUUCAACAAGUUUUUGGAAUACUAUGCCUGCCGAAAAAAGGAUACCAUUAUUCAAAGCUUACAUGGCUAGAAUCAAAGCUCGGGACGAGCCUUUAUGA